CAUUAUCCAGAUUAUUUUAAUACAUUUCCAGGGAACCGAAAUAUGACUGAAACACAUGCAAAUAUAAUUACUCUCCUCUCCAAAUCUCAUCUUGACAAGGGGCGAUAUGCAGUCAGUAUUGAUGCAACAAGCAAAGACGAUCCAGGAGCUAUCAUAGAAAAAAGAAGAGAUGAGAAACUGGAAUAUAUAGAAGAUCCUGUAAUGGCUGGUGGCGGAUGUUCUCCACAAAUAGAGCUUCAUUUAUACAAAGGAAAGUGUAAAAUACAAAUCUUGAUAUCUGGAGCAUUAAAACCCUCAGCUAAGCUGGAAAAGGGAGAAGAUGUUCUAGUUUUUAACGAAGCUCAAGUGGAGUGUAGAAAAAUCUUGAGCUUAAUUCCUGUUUACGACGGUUCCGAUGAUGACACAGCAACGAUCAAGUUCAAGGUCGACGAUGAGAUCAAACAUACGGUACACAUUCAUGAAAUACCGACUGAGAAGAGUCAGGAUCUUAGCCAAAGCCAGAAAAGUACACGAAGCGCUAAUUCCAGUAUCAUUGAUUCCAGUUUUCGUACGGCGCCAGAGAGUAUGGCGUCAUCGAGUUCCUCUUCAGAUUUUACAGACGAGUCUACUUUAAUGCAAGGUUCUGUUAGACAGACACGGGUCUCUACAUCAGGAGGUGAACCUGUAAGGUUCAAGCUAUGUGCUGAUCCGGAUCCUCCAAGAGAUUCAGGCCUGGAUGAUGCGGUCGGCGGCAUGCGUUUAAGUGAUAAUGCACCAGGACCAACAGUGGUUCCGCCGGAAGAUCCAGAGUAUGACAAGAUUUUGCUAGACGACUCUCUAUUGGCUCUGAUUGGUGGGCUUUCACCCAGCGACGCAAGCUUGUUGUUGACGAGUCUACUAGUACCAACACAUAUACAAGGCCAGAGUCGUUUUAAUAACAGCCAAAAUAUUGUGGCGGCAAAUUUUACAUCUCUGAAACAUUGGAAAUCAAAGAAAACAUCGAGGAAAGACUUGCCGGACACAACCAACCGGCAGCUGUGUGAAGAUUUGAUCACAGCGCUUGAAGGCAUCGGAAGGAAAGACAUUGUUCGACUUAUAAAAUUGAAAUUACAAGCAAAUAAGGCGCUAGGGCAUGACGAUUUUAGUGACCUUUAAAAUAGCAUCAUUUGAGAAAUAUUUGCAACACUUUUUUUCCAUUUUUCUUUUUAACCUGUAUACAUUAACAUAAUUAAUUGUUUUUGGAUUUCAUUUCUGAUCUAUAAAAGAGUGCUAACUUUGAUUUGCAAUUGUACGCCUGAUCUCAAUUUUCACAAAUUUAUGAAACUUACAUGUUCACUUAAAAAGUCGAAUUUUAUUAGACAUUUGUGAUGUUUAUGUAUAAAAUUUGCAUGUUUAAGAGAUUAAUUUUUAUUAGACAUUUGUGAUGUUUUAUAUAUUUUACAUUUUCUCUGUCAUACAAAGCAUUUUUUUUAAUUGAUACAUAAAUUUUUUUUACCAAAGAUAUCUAUGAUAGUACUUUUGGAAAUUUAUAAAUUCAUUUUUAUUUAAUAUCAAAUAAAUGUAAUUCUAAAGGAAUAACAAAUAUUUUGGACAAGUUGUAUGACCAUGUAUAAAAUGUUGCUUUUACUAUAUAAUUCUGAGUUAUACAUGUAAAAAUAUAUAUUUAAUGUAUAUAUAUACAAAGGUUUACCUAGAUGUUGUUAUGUUUUAAAGGCACAUGCCUAAUAAAUGAAUAUUUUCUCUAUCUGUAGAAAGUUAAAAUGUGUGUUUUAUAAUAUUUUGAUAAUGGAUUUAAAGGCACAUUAUGUCUUGGAAAUGAUUUUUUCCCCUUUUUUACAAAGGUAUAACCUUUAAAUAAUAGCUUAAGAGCAUUUUAAAUGUUUAUUGGUGGAAGAAAAUGGCGUUGAAUCUGAAAUUAUUUGUCGUCAAUGUCUCAAAAUGUAAACAAAGAACUAUUUUGACUUCCAUACAAAAUGCUAAAUCACUGUAACUGUACUAAUUGCAAUAAAGUAACAAAAGCAAUGAACUUUUUCAGGUAAAAUGAGUAUAUUUUUGGAAACUAUAACAAGACACCAAAAAUAAAAAAAUAAACUUUUGUGAAUCAACAGUAGAGAGCAUUUCUGGGGCAUAAUGGGCCUUUAAAACAUAUGAGAUACUUAUAACCUGAAGAAAAUAACAUUAAAUGGGAAAUAAUUUUUGAUAUUACAAACUGGUUUGUUGACUUCUACGCAAAAUAUACAAUCACUAAAACCGUACUCAUCGUAAAAUUGAAAGAGAAGCAUAUGGCCAAUGCGUAACUUUAUUGACACUGUUAUAGUAAAACUAAAAAUAAAAGUUUUUGAGAAAUAAAAAUGAUGCAUAACGUAAUGGGCCUUUGAACCGUAUUCCUGUGUAAUCUCCACAUUAUGUAAUUUGUUACCAAAGUCAUACACCAUUUAAUUAUGUUUCAGUUGCAGCCAAGAUCAUGUGAGCAAAUUUAUGGCUAAGCGCCUUUGGAAUACUGCAUUUAGAAAACAUAUGAGCCGUGUCACGACAAAACCAACAUAGUGCGUUUGCGACCAGCAUGGAUCCAGACCAGCCUGCGCAUCCGCGCAGUCUGAUCAGGAUCCAUGCUGUUCGCUAUAAGUUUCUCUACUUGUAAUAGGGUUUGUUAGCGAAAAACAUGGA